ACAAAGUGUUUAUGGGUCAAAAACUUUUACAGCAAAAAAACCCAUAAAGGCUUAUGUCCAACUUUAUCACUUGCAUAUAUGACAAGUCGGUGCGGAUGUAAAUAUGUGUUAGUUUGUAGUUGGAGUUCAGUGAAGAGUUGGAAUACAAAUUCUAUUUUGUGUGAAAUCCUGAGUUAAGCGUUAAUCAGAUAACGACCGGUGGACACUGGUGUUACAUGCGAUAUGUCUAUUUCCCAAGUUGUUCCUUUUCCUAUUCCAACUGGAACUUCAGCACAGAUGACCAAAACCCCAAGUCCAACCUCUACCAGAAGCUGUUGUGAGAAUGGCCGUCCAAUCAUGGCUGACCCUCACACUGGUCAAACUAUCUGCUCCUGCCAGUACAACCCGGCCCUUUUGGGCUACUCUCGCCUUGCAGGGCUUCCUGAGGGCGUGUAUGGGAGCCCGGCUUACACUGCCCAAGGUUUAGUCCCAUUUGCUUCUGAAGGAUCCGCAUUUUAUUCUCCACUUACAAAUGGUCCCUAUGAUAUUAAAGAAGCCACAGAGGCCUGGAGGAGCCUUGCUGCUGCCCAGCCCGGGGCCUGCUUCCCGUAUGAUCCGGCCAUGUCCGUGUAUCCUUAUGGAGCGGGAUACGGGGGAAUUGACUUAAAUGCACGACGCAAAAAUGCAACCCGUGAAACCACCAACACGUUGAAAGCUUGGUUAUAUGAACACAGGAAAAAUCCCUACCCCACAAAGGGCGAGAAAAUUAUGCUAGCCAUCAUAACAAAAAUGACUCUCACACAAGUCUCAACCUGGUUCGCAAACGCCAGGAGAAGACUUAAAAAAGAAAACAAGAUGACCUGGUCCCCGAGAAAUAGAUCUGAAGAUGACAAUGAUGAUGAUUUAGACAAUGAUGACGACGAUGAUUUGAUGAGAAAGAACGACAAUCUUGCCGACAAAAAGGAAAUGACAAAUAAAACAGAGGAACCAACAAAAGAUCGCGAGGAACGUGAAAAAAUAAUCAGCGUGGAUGAAGACGAAGAUUCAAAUCUGAGUUUUGAAGACAGGGACACGCGACAAAGAGUCGAUUCAUUGAGCUCAGAGAGUGAAAGUUUAUCGAAUAAUAUUCUUCGAAGGGAAGCAGAUGCAGCAUCUCCAAAUCUUAGCAUUGGCGAAGAUUCAAGAUGCAGUGAUUUGGCUUCUCCUACAUGUUCAAACACCGCCACAUGUUCACCAAAACCUAUUAAAACUGACACAAAUUCUACCCAGACUCAAGACAAUAGAUCUAAAAUUUGGUCUGUGACCCAAUUUCUAAAUUCGUCCUCAUCCGACGACGAAAAGGAUGAAGAAGUGAAAAAACCUAUUGUGACGUCAUCAGCUUCAAGUCGAGGCUCCGUAGUCCCUCAAAGUGCUUCAGACUUGUAUUACCUCACAUCCUCUGCUAGUCAUAUGAUGAGAACCGGUCGCUAUGGCGGAUUUGGUCCCUACCCUAGUGCCCUAUCACUUGCACAUCCAACACUGUCCUAUCCCUAUAUCCUCUCCUCCCACGCUGCUGCAAAGAGUUCAUUGGGCGGAUCCCAUUUUCCGUUUUCAGGACCGGAAAACCUGUCCAAGUCUGCAGACAAGCUCGUAAGGUCUUCUAGUUCUUUAUUUUCCCCUGCAAGAGACAUUGAUGUUGUUCGUCAUUAGUUAAAUUAUUUAAUUACAAUAUUACUAUGUCGUUGAUUUAUUAUUAAAGUAAAUGUAUGUUUUAUCUAAAA